UAAACUUAUAAAGUAACUCUACCUUUCUAUGUUCACUCUAUAUUCAUUGACCAUAAAUUUUGACAGUUUUUAUACAAAAAAAAGUGUUGAUUGUUUACUAAUUUGUUUACAAUAAAUGUUAAUUAAUCCCAAGAACUAUGGAUAACAUAUUCGGAAAAGAUGAUGACUCAGGAAACGAAAAUGAUUUUACUGAUGUUUGCCCAAAGGAAGAGGAUAAAAAUUCAUCAAUGGAAAUUUCGGGAGAGAAUAAUAUUCUAGACGAAAGUAGCACGGAUAAAGAGAUUGCUCCAAAAACAAAGGAGAAUGACGUGAUGGAAAUUGAAUACACAACCAGUUCGCAAUCACAGUCUGAUAACGAAGAAAUAUCCGCGUCUUUUAAAUCCGAAGUAUUAGAAGAUCGAAUUGACAUUGUAAAACACGAGAUUGAAGUUCCUCCGGAACAAAAUAAUGAGGCAAUUACUGAAGAUUUAUUUGGUAACAAUAUUCUAACAUCCAAUGUAACUCCAAGUAAUGUCAAAGAACGAAGAGAAAGUAAGGAAAAAAGUAAAAGAGAAUUGGAGGAAGAGGAGAGGGAAAAAAUGCAAGUUUUAGUGUCAAAUUUCACGGAAGAUCAAUUAGACAGAUAUGAAAUGUAUCGACGUGCAGCAUUCCCUAAAUCAGCCAUUAAACGGAUUAUGCAAACUAUCACAGGAUGUUCCGUAUCUCAGAACGUGGUAAUUGCAAUGUCGGGCAUUGCAAAAGUCUUCGUUGGGGAAAUAGUUGAAGAAGCUUUAGAUGUGAUGGAGGCACAUGACGAAUCGGGACCAGUGCAACCAAAACACUUGAGAGAAGCUGUGCGAAGACUAAGACUUCAAGGUCAAAUACCAAAUGGAAGAGCUCACAAAGCUUUCUUUAGAUUAUAACAUUUUAUUAAAACACUAACCUUUCAUCUUUAUUUCACGGUAUUAUUAUUAUCAUCACCAGCAAUUUAGUUUUGUACGGGAAAUGUAAAUAGAGUUUUUAAAAAAAAUUAUUACGAUAAUAAAAAUUAAAUAUCUUUCAA